ACUAGCUUCCGCCAUCUUGGAAUUUUAGUCGAGAGGUUCUGGUGUAUAGUCCGGAGGCCCACCAUCCUCUAGAUCACAUAUCCCCCAUUUUCACCCCGAAUUUCGCACAGUUUCAGUAGAAUCCCUCCAUAUUUAGUAGACAGUGUGGCAAAAAUGGGGAAAUAUCUGGUUAGUUUGGCGAUUUUAGCCGUUUUCUUGGGGGUAGGAAAAUCAGCGACCGAAGAAGACGAUGGACUGGAGUUCAAGCACCACAGAUACACAGAGCUGGAGCAAAUACUCAGAGAAACGGCUGCAGCCCACCCUGACAUCACCCGCCUUUACUCCGUUGGAAAAAGCUAUGAAAAACGCAACCUCUGGGCACUGGAAAUCUCCGACAACCCUGGCAAGCAUGAACUUGGCGAGCCAGAGUUCAAGUACAUCGGGAACAUGCAUGGCAACGAAGUGGUGGGGCGGGAGCUACUGCUGAACCUGGUGAAGUACCUGACUACUGAGUACAAGAAGGGGAACCAGCGGGUUCGCAGCCUGGUGGACAACACACGGAUCCACAUCAUGCCAACCAUGAACCCUGAUGGGUAUGAGGCGGCUGCAGACAUGAUCGAUUCAGGCAAGAAGGACUGGCUGACUGGCCGAGCCAACGCACAAGGGAUCGACCUGAACAGGAACUUCCCUGACUUGGACCGGAUUGUGUACAGAAUGGAGACUGUGGGGGGCCCCAAUAAUCACCUGGAGGACGGGGUGUCCCAACAACUGCUCAAGUCUGUCAACAAGAAGAGGAUUGCACCAGAGACUGAGGCUGUGAUUGCAUGGAUUGAGCAGUACCCAUUUGCCCUGUCUGCAAACAUGCACGGUGGAGACCUGGUGGCCAACUAUCCGUACGACGAGAGCCGGUCUGGGCGCAGCCAGGAAUACGCAGAAUGCCCUGAUGAUGCUGUCUUCAAACGUCUAGCACGGUCCUACUCACUAAACCAGCCAGAGAUGUCGAACCCCAAGCGUAGGGGCUGUGACAUGGACAACGGAGACAAGUUUGCUGAUGGCAUCACUAACGGUGCAGACUGGUACAGUGUGGAUGGAGGCAUGCAGGACUUCAACUACCUGAUCUCCAACAGUUUUGAGAUCACCCUGGAGUUGGGAUGUGACAAGUUCCCUCCAGCCAGCGAGUUGAAGAAAGCCUGGACCGACAACAAGGAGUCUAUGUUGACCUUCAUGGAACAGGUCCACACUGGUGUGAAGGGUGUGGUGAGAGAGGCGGGAGCGGAGAAGAGGGGCAUCGCUGAUGCAACAAUCAAAGUGGACAACAUCAACCAUGAUAUCACAUCCGCCCACGGUGGGGACUACUGGCGGCUGCUUGUUCCAGGAGAGCACCAGGUGACUGCCACUGCUCCUGGGUACAAGAGCCAGACCAAGAAGUGCGUGGUGAAGGAAGACUCUCCUGCUACCGUCUGUGACUUUGAACUGGAAAAAGACAACGCCAUUGAUGAAUUGCUGCGAGAGAUUGACGCUUAUGUCGAGUGAGCGAUGCUAGGUGUGGGUCAACAUCAAGCAUCGAGCUAAACUUUCACCACUACUGGACCAAUAAACAUUUUACUUCAUUUGUGGUAAUUAGACCACAUUUGACCAUUUCAUCAGAAUUGAAAUUUCGAUUAUAUUUUCACUGGCAGAAGAUUUAAAAGAAAAAUGUUUUUAUUUUAUUUUUUUGUUUACAUCAAACAUCAAGCUAAACAUUGAGAUUUCAAUAUCAUACCAACAGUUAUUUUGAUGACUAUUUCCUAUUUAUGGUAGUAUUUAUGCCUACACAAGAUGUAAAAACAAUGUGACAUUUUCAAUUGGUGAUGAAACUCUUUAAGACAGCUUUACCAAGAAUUAUUUGACACUUAAAUAAAACCUGAAAAGUGGACCCCCUAAUAGAAUCUAUAUUGGUAAAGUCAAGCUACUAGGCAACAUACUUCAACAUUCAAGACUGGCUAACGUAGUGCUGAUACUGACUGUGGUUAUUUUCAGUGCAAAAAGAAACAAAAUCUGAAUUGGGUAGCCCUUAAAGUAAAGUGUCAAAUUUGUUAAAAGGGUAACUUGAAAGUUUGACAAAUUUUUCAUGUGUUUUUUUUUUUUCAGAGAAAAUUUUUUCUUCAAAAAUACAUUUUUUCGUGUUGUGACAUCUUCAAGCACAAGUGCAGUAUGUGCCACUUUGAGACUUCCAUGUUUUGAAUCAUGGAUUGAUUUUAAGAUUGUGACUGGUGUUGUAUGGUGUACAGGAAAAUGAUUAUGUUGUCAUUGAAAUUAUCAAUGCAGUGACUGGUACCAAAAUGAUUUGACAUGUGACAAUUUUUUCUUAUUCCCAUCGAGAUUUGAAUUUGAGCAGAACAGAAGGGGUUUUAUUUGGUCAAAAGAGUUUGUGUAUAACUUUUCCACAAGUGGAAAAUUCACCAACGUUUUCACUUUGCCUUUAUCUUUAAUGUUCUUGGUGUACUGUGUAAGAUGCUGCGAUGUCCCAAGUUUCAAACUUAAUUUGGCGACAGUUGUGCAAUGGACAAAGUAAACAAACAAGAUAUAUGAAUAUAAUACUCAGGAUACCAUGAUCAGCCCCCCUUUGUGGUAAAUGUCAAGUAUUUUUGUAAAUGAGUGAUUUUGUGAGUGUUUUGUCAGUGAUGCUGAAAAAAUAGUGAUGUAUUAAUAUUGGAGCAUUAGCCCCUACAGACCAUAUAUGCUGUAGUUCCCAUUGCCUUUGUGACAAGCCUUACAAACCCGUGUAUUCUUUUAUUGAAUGCACAAUUAGGCAGUUUUGAGAAGCAUUGCAUACGAAAGGUAUGUACUGAAAAUACACGUUUCUAACCCUAAAUUUUUAGCAGAAAGGUAUAUCUGUGAAUUGACACUUUAUCAGUCUUGGCUGGUAUCUCAAAUGGGUUAAGAUUUUAAAGUAUAUAUAUGAGAUAUAGCUGGUCCGUGGGACAACUUGCAAAACAAUGUUUUGCAAGAGGGUAAUUUAUGGAAAGCAACAAGGGUAUUUUAUGGAAAUACAUGUUUAAAUGGUUUUAUUCAAACUUUAAUAGGUGUAUGGAAAAAUGGUUCAGAAAUAUAGAAUUAAAAGUGAGGUUGGGUUUGCCUAAUGCAUGGUAAAAAAUCAUUGUAUGUCACCAAGGAGGUUUCUUGAUGUCACCAAAGCUUUCAACAUUUGAUACAGGAUGGGAGCUACCCUGUCCUGUUUGAUUGUUUCCAAGAUUUUUCUGGUGGGUAUGUAUGGACAAGGAUGUUAUAAAUAAUGCCCAGACGCAACUGUAGGUACGACAGACAACAGACAAAAAUAUUAUGUGUGCAAUAGUAUAUGUUUAAAUCACAAAGAUGUAACAUAUGGUGUAAUUAUAGAGAGGAAUAAAACAGUUACUGCAAAAUAAUA